UAAGCUGCGAAGCGAAAACCGCGACUUCCUCCUCUUCAAGCCAAACGCACAAACGCUUCAACCAUUUGCCGUGAAAGCAUCGGGCGUCGUGGAAAGAGGCAAGAGCCGGCGGUCCCCGCCGCGCGUCCUCCGGCGACCGGUGCUCCGUCCCGGUGGGAACCGCGUGCAGGGGGGCGGCGCGAUCGGAGGCGUUUGAGGUACCGACCGCUUCGAGAUCCUCGCUUGUUUCGCGGAGGGGGGAGAGGGAAUGGUGCGGUCCUCGUCCCCGAGAUCGACGGCGACGCCGGAAGCGGCGACCCUUUUGCCGGGGCUCCCCAACGACGUCGGGGCCCUGGUGCUGUCGUUCGUCCCUUACCCGCAUCAGGGUCGGCUCAGGGCCACCUGCAAGUCGUGGCGCGCGUUCUUCUCCUCCAAGGCGUUGAUCUCGCUUCGCCACCGUAACCCUAAGGCCCUCUCCCACCUCCUCUGUAUCUUCCCUCAGGACCCUUCCAUCGCCCCUCCUUACCUCUUUGACCCUCACUCCCUGGGCUGGUGCCCUCUGCCUCAUCUCCCUGCCAACCCUCAUGUCUAUGGCCUGUGCAAUUUUGCUUCCGUUUCCAUUGGCCCCCACUUGUACGUGCUCGGCGGGUCGCAUUUCGAUACCCGGUCCUUCCCACUCGACCGCCCGCAGCCGUCUUCUUCGACGUUCCGGUUCAAUUUCUGCACCGGCAGGUGGGACAGGCUCGCCCCGAUGAUUUCCCCGCGCGGGAGCUUCGCCUGCGUGGCUGUCCCCAGCUCGGACCAGAUUUUGGUUGCCGGAGGUGGGUCUCGGCACAACAUGUUCGGGGCGGCGGGGAGUAGGAUGAGUUCGGUGGAGAGGUACGAUAUCGAGAAGGACGAGUGGCUUGCAUUGGAUGGGCUUCCUAGAUUCAGGGCCGGGUGUGAGGGUUUUCUGGUGAGGAGCGGUGAACAUAGGGAAUUCUGGGUGAUGGGUGGGUAUGGCCGGUCCAGGACUAUCUCGGGUGUGUUUCCGGUUGAUGAGUAUUACAGGGAUGCUGUGGUGCUUGAGUUGGAUGAUGGGGGUUGUGAUUGGGGGAAGUGGAGGGAGGUGGGGGAUAUGUGGGAAGAAGGUGAGAGAAGGAGAUUGGGAAAGAUUGUUGUUCUUGAUGAUGAUGAACGGGGCAUGCCUGGCAUAUUCAUGCUUGAUGAGAAUGAUAUCUUCAGUCGCAGAAAAUACUAUGGGAUGGCAAUGAGGUCAGCCAUGCUUUAUUGCACAGAAUACUGGGCAAUUAAACAUCAACAUGUGUACAAAAUGAUGUGGCAGAGAUGAGAAUGCUGUGUGGGAUAUGUGGACAUGCAAGGAAAAUGACUUCAUCCAGAAAAAAAGUAGUUAUUGCCCCAAUCGAGAUAACAUAGGAGAAGGUUGUUGGAGGUUGUUUGGUCAUAUUGAUGGUAUGCGAGUGACGGAUGAAAAGAUUGGUUAUAAGGGGCACGAAAAACCUAAAUGGACAUGGAAGGAGACGAUAAGGAAAAUCUGGACUUACAGAGGAUCUAAAACAGGAUCGAGCUUAAUGGUGUAAUAACUCUGCCUACUAGGAGUAGGCUUGGUUUAUAUUGGUGUUGUUGUAUCCAGUUGGGAUUAAAUACUCCUGUCGCACCAUGGAUACAGGUUUAUUCAGAUUUAUCUAGUCCAUAGUGUGUCGUCAAAACCUGGAUAGCAUUGUCUAUGAACUAUCUUGGGUUAUAUACAAGUUAUCAAUGUCCCUCAGAUGUGAUACCUAAAGUUUACUCAUUUUAUGUUAUCAUUUGCUGAGAUUUUUCUUCAAGUUC